AUGCAUACCCCACAUAUGUUGCAAAUACCAAAAUUCUUUACCACCAAGACGCACCCACCAUUAAUCUACCCCCAAGCCUCAUCCACUACACAUAAUCCCAUCUUCAACACUAAAUACCUAUCUACAAUCGCCCCCUACAAUCUUCACAGACAUACAACAUCCAAAACUCUUCAACACCAGCCCUUCACACAUCAUCCCUCCUAUAUCACUUUACCCCCACGUAAUUUCCCCUUCACUCGCAAGAAAACUACCUCAAAUCUCAUCUCGGCCCGCUAUGCACUAUCGUCGAUCUUUGCUAAUCUUGAACUUCACAGCCUUCUCUCACAGGGGAUGCUCAAUCGCUAUCCCUGUUCAUACAUGAACUACCUCAUAUUAUAUGUACUAUCAACUUCACAGUCUCGUCUCACGAGAAAUUUGCGAUUGAUAUCCCCCUGUUUGUACAGAAACUACCUCAUAUUUUAUCUUGGUUUGCUAUAUGCACUGUUAACUUCACAGAAUCAUCUCACGAGGGAUUUGCGAUUGCUACCCCUGCUCAUCUCUCCUGUUUAUAGCCCUUGUAUAAUACCCGCGUGA